GGAAGAGGAAGAGGAGACAAUGGGCAGAGUGGGUGGACUCUCUGAUUGACGUCUCUCACAGUCAAUCCAAAUAUUUCUGGAGCAAACAUGAGUUUCCUGAAACUUGGGAAACUGACCGGGGAAAUGGAGGUGACUUUGAGCAGCAAAUCAUGAUUUGGAGACCUCAGCACCACACUCUACCGCAAACCCACAGACAACCUCACAAUGCUACACUUCUCCAGCUUCCACCCAAAACAUACUAAAACAGCCAUCCCCUAUGGACAAGCCCUACGCGUACACCAGAUCUGCUCAGAUGAGAAGGAACGUGAUGGACACCUGGAAGUUCUCAGGGAUGCCCUCACAAGAACGGGGAACGAUGCCCAACUCAUUGAACGCCAGUUCCAACACGCCACAGCAAGGAACCGUAAUGACCUCCUCAGGAGACAGACAUGUGCUGCAACCAACAGGGUACCCCUCGUUGUUCAGUAUUUCCCAGGAGUUGAAAAACUACGCCAUGUUCUUCGUGACCUGCAACACAUUAUCAAUGAGGAUGAGCAUCUCAGCAAGACCUUGCCCACACCUCCACUACUUGCCCUUAAACAACCGCCAAACCUCAAACAGAUCAUUGUUCGUAGCCGGGUCUCAGGACAACUAUAUACAACCCUGUCACAGCAAGGAUGCCCGGAGGCAUGGUACAUUGGGGAAACCAAGCAAAGGCUACGACAAUGGAUGAAUGGACACCUCUCAACAAUCAACAGACAGGAGUGUUCCCUCCCGUUGGGGAACACUUCAGUGGUCCAGGACAUUCGACCUUGGACCUUCGGGUGACCAUCCUCCAAGGCAGACUUCAGGACAGGCAGCAGCGAAAAGUGGCCGAGCAGAGGCUGAUAGCUAAGUUCAGUACCCAUAGGGAGGGCCUCAACCGAGACCUUGGGUUCAUGUCACAUUACAGGUGACCACCAUUGCACUAUAUACACACACACACACAGGCACUCCUAUACACAUACAAACGGACACAUAUGCACAGAUGCGCACACAGACACCCACACACCCUUACAGACACACAUACUCCCACAUUCACACAUGCACCCUCUCACAGACUUUAGACACACUACACACACACACUUUCUCACACUCACAACCACCAACCCAGACAGACACAUGCAGACAAACAAAGACCCAAAUGCACACAUAUAUUUUGUGAGGUGAAUUUAUACUUGCAGGGUUACAUUAUACUUUGCUCAAAAACUGCAUGAAUUCAUGUAAAACUCCAUUAUCUCAAGUUUUAGAUUAGAAUCAAUCUAAACAUCAUGACAUAGACAGAGAACACAAGGGGCUAACACCUUUAACGUAUUGUCUAGCUAUCACCCAUUGUUAACAGCUAACCUGAGAAUGCAAGUUUUAAAAAAAAGUUUUGUGAUUUACACAUGAAAGAAGUGAAACUAUCGUGGUAUUCAUACAGAUGAAAGACUCAACAAUCAAUUUUUUAAUGUAUAAUUUCAGUUAUAUCACACUGUAAAUUUUUGCUAUAAAUUCUGUGUGUUAGGAUUGAGCCCUCCAUUAUCACCUGAUGAAGGAGUGAUGCUCCGAAAGCUAGUGUGCUUCUAAGUAAACCUGUUGGACUAUAACCUGGUGUUGUGUGAUUUUUAGCAGCAAAUCAGGUGGGGAUUUAAACUUGUUAUUGCCGAUCUGAACAAAACCUCAUUUAUUGCAGUUGCUGUCUCAAUUCCCGUGAUAAAUGUGAAUAGUGCGGUACAUCCUUGGACAGCUGAAUCUUGUGGUAUCUGCUGGGAAAGACAAAUGGACUGGGAGAUCAUAGAACAAAUGAACGUCCCAGGACAUCGUGGGAGAAGAACCACAAAAGGACAACCACCUGACGAAGAAGCAGUGCUUCGAAAGCUAGUGCCUCCGAAAAAAACCUGUUGGUCUAUAACCUGGUGUUUUGUGAUUUUUAACUUUGUCACCUGGUAAAUGUUUGACAGAGAUUUCUAAUGUGGGAAUAACAUUUUUCAUCCUCGGAGGCUUUCAAUCUGACAACAUCAGGAGACAGAGAGACAGGAAGGAGAUUGAUCUAACCUGGGGGAUUGUCACUGUGACUGUGAGAGUGAGAGGAGACACUUUCUCCUUGAGCUGCUAACUGACAUCGCUGCCCUGACCAGAUGUCGCUUGUGAAGAUUCAGCAUCUCAGUUCAAAUGUCCGAGGCUCAAUUUUCACCUUUUCUGGUUCCUCUCCCAUGAUGUCCUGAUACAUUCAUUUGUUCUGCAGUCUCCCAGCCCGCUUAUCUUUUCUAACAGUUACCACUCCAUUUAGUUCUCCUGGGACAUCCUGGACUUAUCACCUCUCGUGAACUGUCCCAAUUUAGAUCUUUUUUGAGAGUGAUAUUGUCCAGUGUACAGUACAGUUCAAUGAUUGCAACCAUUCUUUCUCUCUGAAA